UAUUACAUGGCAUAACUAAUUACUUUAGUCGAUCUUAUUAAUAAUCCCACUACAAUAAAGGGCUCUCAAGAUAUAAGCGCUUUGGUUUAAGUGUUUAUGGGAAAAUAAAUAAACCUCAUUUAUGAUGGACUUACAUAUUGUUAACUAACUGGAGAGAUUAUAGGGAACAAAAAAAAAAUUGAGUUGAAAUUGCCAAAUAAUCAAACAUUUAUUGUUAUAUAAGAAUAGUUAAAGAUGUUAAUAGAAAAUAAUAGUUUCAUUAAUGGAAGAUUUGAUCCCUUUUAUUCGACACUAUAUGGAGUUUAGUUUAUUUAGGAAUGCCAAUAAAAAUAAGUAUUUACAGAUCCCGUUAAUAUAGAAAUCACUGAUGAUAUUCUUAAAUUAGUUUAUGAAGACAAUUUCAAUAAAAUAAAGGAAGAGUAUUAAUUUAUCAUAUAUAUUAACAGCACUAGAAAUCUUUAUGAAGAGAGCCAGAGAAAUUUGGAGGAGUUUUCUAAGACUCUACCUAUAAAAUGCCAUAAAACUUAGAAAGAAAUCCAAAUCUUAAAGGAUGGGUUUAACAUCCAAAGUUUAUGGUUUAGUUUGGAGGGAGCUCUAAUGAUGUUAGAAACUAAUAAAGACGUACUUUUCAGUCAUCAAUGCGAUUUUUUGAAUAAUUAUAAGACGAAGAUGUAAAUUUGAUUCAUAAUAGAAAUAUA